CGAAACUUCAGGUGUCAGUAUGCGGGAUGCCCCGCUCGAUUCCAACGCAAUCAUGACCUCAAGCGCCAUCAGCGAGGUCACCUCGCAACCCGGCCCUUCUCGUGCUCGUGUGGAAAGAGCUUCAGCCGCAAGGACGCAUUAAAGCGACAC